CAUCCCAGCCAGAAAGGCUGCUGCAUCUUUCUGCUGCCGGAGAGUGGAGGAAGCCUGCAAAACAGCGCAUGAGGAUAUUCCGCAGCUUCCAUUUCCAAGGGGACAGGGCAAAUUGCGUCUGAAUCCUGCCUUUCAUUCAAGGAACUGCCUGGUGUGCUUUGAACACAUUCGGAUCCUCAGCUUGUCGCUUGCUUACGUGUGCUCUCGGUCUCUGUCAGUCUGUGUCACCUAAACCCUUGGCAGGAUGAUAGCUGCCCAGCUCCUGGCCUAUUACUUCACAGAAUUAAAGGAUGAUCAGGUCAAAAAGAUCGACAAGUAUCUGUACUCCAUGCGCUUCUCGGAUGAGACACUCACAGACAUCAUGCAUCGGUUUCGUCGAGAGAUGGAGAAUGGCCUCGGAAGAGACACCAACCCUACAGCCACUGUGAAGAUGCUACCCACAUUUGUCAGGUCCAUACCCGACGGCUCAGAAAAGGGAGAUUUCAUUGCUUUGGAUUUGGGAGGAUCGAAUUUUCGAAUUCUGCGGGUAAAGGUUUCUCAUGAGAAGAGGCAGACGGUGCAGAUGGAAAGCCAAAUCUAUGAGACACCAGAAGAUAUCAUCCAUGGCAGUGGGACGCAGCUUUUUGAUCAUGUUGCUGAAUGCCUUGGAGACUUCAUGGAAAAACGUAAGAUUAAAGACAAGAAGCUUCCUGUUGGAUUCACCUUCUCAUUCCCCUGCAGGCAGAGCAAGUUGGAUGAGGGGAUUCUAAUUACCUGGACUAAGCGCUUCAAAGCAAGUGGUGUGGAAGGAGCAGAUGUGGUUAAGCUGCUAAACAAAGCCAUCAAAAAGAGAGGAGAUUAUGAUGCAGAUAUUAUGGCUGUUGUCAAUGACACGGUGGGAACAAUGAUGACAUGUGGGUUUGAUGAUCAGCGUUGUGAAGUUGGCAUCAUUAUUGGUACUGGCACUAACGCCUGCUACAUGGAGGAGCUGCGACACAUUGACCUGGUGGAGGGGGACGAGGGCCGCAUGUGCAUUAACACCGAGUGGGGUGCAUUUGGCGAUGAUGGAUCACUGGAGGACAUCCGCACCGAGUUUGACAGAGAAAUUGACCGAGGAUCUCUCAACCCAGGGAAGCAGCUGUUUGAAAAGAUGGUCAGCGGCAUGUACAUGGGGGAGCUUGUGAGGCUCAUCCUCGUCAAAAUGGCCAAAGAAGGCCUUCUCUUUGAAGGACGGAUCACACCAGAGCUGCUCACCAAAGGGAAAUUUGAUACCAAACACGUUUCAGCAAUAGAAAAGAGCAAAGAGGGUCUCAACAAAGCAAAGGAAAUCCUUACCCGCCUGGGCGUGGAGCCAUCUCAUGAAGACUGCAUUGCUGUGCAGCAUGUGUGCACAAUCGUCUCCUUCCGCUCUGCCAACUUGAUUGCCGCCACCCUCUGUGGUAUUCUUAGCCGACUGAAGGACAACAAGGGAGUACCCAGGCUGCGCACCACCGUGGGACUCGAUGGCUCCCUCUACAAGAUGCACCCUCAGUAUGCCAGACGCUUGCACAAGACAGUGCGGCGACUUGUCCCAGACUCGGACGUCCGAUUCCUGCUGUCAGAAAGUGGCAGCGGUAAAGGAGCUGCCAUGGUGACUGCAGUAGCCUAUCGACUUUUAGAACAGCACCGGCAGAUUGAGGAGACACUGGACGAGUUCAAGCUGAGCCAUGUCCAGCUACUGGAGGUCAAAAAGAUAAUGAGGACAGAGAUGGAGAAUGGGCUGAGGAAAAAGACCCAUGAGAGCGCCACUGUGAAGAUGCUUCCCACUUUUGUGCGCAGCACCCCAGAUGGAACAGAAAACGGCGACUUCUUAGCUCUUGAUCUUGGAGGAACAAACUUCAGAGUACUACUGGUCAAGAUCCGCAGCGGCAAGAAGCGCUCAGUUGAAAUGCACAAUAAAAUUUAUGCGAUUCCUAUUGAAGUGAUGCAGGGAACAGGAGAGGAGCUGUUCGAUCACAUUGUACACUGCAUUUCUGACUUCUUGGACUACAUGGGAAUGAAAAACGCUCGCCUCCCUCUAGGAUUUACAUUUUCGUUUCCUUGCAAGCAGACCAGCCUCGAUGCGGGCAUUUUGAUUAAUUGGACCAAAGGUUUUAAGGCCACAGAUUGUGAGGGAGAAGACGUCGUUAACUUGCUUAGGGAAGGCAUCAAGAGGCGAGAGGAGUUUGAUCUUGAUGUGGUGGCUAUCGUGAAUGACACAGUUGGGACAAUGAUGACUUGUGCAUAUGAAGAACCAACUUGUGAAGUUGGCCUGAUUGCAGGAACUGGCAGCAACGCUUGUUACAUGGAGGAGAUGAGGAAUAUUGAAACAGUGAGCGGAGACGAAGGCCGAAUGUGUGUCAACAUGGAGUGGGGAGCGUUUGGGGACAGUGGCUGUUUAGAUGACUUCAGGACGCAGUAUGACAGGGCCGUAGAUGACUUGUCAUUAAACCCAGGAAAGCAGAGAUACGAAAAAAUGUGCAGUGGCAUGUACUUAGGAGAAAUUGUGCGCAACAUCCUUAUCGAUUUAACAAAGCGAGGUUUCCUGUUUCGUGGACAGAUUUCUGAAGCGCUGAAGACCAGAGGAAUCUUUGAAACCAAAUUUCUGUCCCAAAUUGAAAGUGACCGGCUGGCCCUGCUCCAGGUACGAGCCAUCCUCCAGGGGCUGGGCUUGGACAGCACAUGCGAUGACAGUAUCAUCGUGAAAGAGGUGUGCGGCGUGGUCUCACGGAGAGGGGCUCAACUUUGCGGCGCAGGAAUGGCUGCUGUCGUUGACAAGAUCCGAGAGAACCAAGGCCUGGACCACCUGGAGAUUACAGUCGGUGUGGAUGGGACGUUAUACAAGCUUCACCCACACUUCUCAAAGAUCAUGCACCAGACGGUGAAGGAGCUGGCUCCAAAGUGCGAUGUCACCUUUCUCCUCUCUGAAGAUGGCAGCGGCAAGGGGGCGGCUCUGAUCACUGCUGUCGGCUGUCGACUCCGAGAACAGGAGCAGCAGAAUUGAGAAACCUGCCUGCAGUAGCACACGGGCGCUCGCUGGACGUUUUCUUUUCAUUUCCCACCACUGUCCCUCACACCAUCUCACCCUUAGCACUUUUUUUAUUUUUAUUUUUAACUGUUUAUAAUAUGGCUGGGGUCCCCUUUAGUCACCAAUGUGCACAGGACUCCUAUUUUUUGGUAGGAUGGGAAUGGGCUCUCCGUCAGUCCUUAAUGAAUAAUUAAUAAAUCCCAGCAUGCCAUGUAUGUAUGAAGCCAUUUCUCAAUGUCGACUACAACUCACAAUAGGGUUAGUACUGUAGUGUGCACACACACACAAAUGGAUCCUGUGACACCAAAAUGAAUGCAGCCCACCAUGCACAGAUUAUUCAUAGGGAGCCCAUUCCACUUAAAAAGAAAAAUAAAAAUGUCACGUUGUCACACGGAUAAGUCACAGACAUCAUGAAGGUUUGGGACAGCCACCUGUAUAUUGUUCCACGGCUGCAAAAUGAGUUAAUUUGAACAGAGAUGUUCACAGAUUCGAGUCCAAAACAGCACUGAUGUUACUGAGGUAAGAUGGCAGUUUUAACUCUUUGAGGGCUGAAUUUUGUUUCCACACAAUGCACUGGUUUCAUACAUAAAAUCAACAUGAAACAUCUGUUCCUACGUGCUGUGGCUGCUGUUGGCACCUGUUCGGCAUCUCUGGCAGCAGUGGCUUCAUAAGGGUGGCUCGAUGGUCAGCAGGAACACAUGGCGGGCCCGCUACCUGUGUCUUCGCACAGCAGGUGGGCAAUGGUGGCAGUCGUAGUGUGAUGCAAUAUGGUUUGUACCUCGUCAUCAUAAGUGGUGGUCCUCCUAGGCGAACGCUCCUGUAAGUGUAUCAGCUACACGAACGUGUUCAGCACCACAGUCAGCUGGGGACCGAUAGGCUGAUGCUGGUACCUUACUUUCGUUUUCGAUAAACAUCUCCAGAUCACUUGCAUCAAACUCAGAGUCCAAAAAGUCAGAGCCUGAUUCAGCGAUAAUACAUAAAACGUCCAUGGAGUAUUUUGCGUUGCACAUUUGCUUUAGUCUCGCCAGAUGUCGAUGCCAUUUUAGAGGCUGUUUACUGUUCACUACUCAUUCACACACGGGGAAUCGAGGUCAAAUCAACAAAGCUACGUAACUUUCCUUCAAGCAAAGAGAGUCGAACUAAAACAUAAGGGCGAGUUUUGUCUCAGCUUACAGCCGACUGCCAUCCUCUACUCCUGAAUUUUGACAAAAGUCAACAUCAGCCCUGAAAGAGUUAAAGGCCGGAAGUGAUGUCAUCAUUGCUGCCGGAACUGGAAGUGAUGUCGAUGGGACUAGACGUGCCGUCGUCAUUGGCACCGGAACCGGAAAAUUAUGUCUCCGGGACCGGAAGUGACGUCAUCAUUGGUGCCGUAUAAACGAAAGUGAUGUUAUCGGGACUGGAAAGUGACGUCAUCAGUUUCCUGUGGAUGGUCGGCAAAAGAUUGAGGUUGAGAUUGAGAGAGACAGUCUACACACCCUGCCGCCCUCUGGUCUGGCAUGGAAUUAUUAUCAUUUAGGCCCUUCAGCUGUCUCCCAAUCGCAUGUGCGUGACAACGUGUAUUUGUAUUAGGGUUCAAUCCCAAAGGAGAGCAAUGGCCUUAAUAACUACAUGACGUACUGUAGAUUAACUUCCUAGUAAUCACACGUAUUUAUUUAUAAAGAGUAGUUACUAGGCAAGUGAGAUGUAAUUACAACGUAAGCAAUAUGCCCGUGUUUUGAAGCAUAAGCAGUAAAUCAAAAAUAUAGCACAAGUGGAAACCACGUAAGAUUGUCCUAGAAAGUUUCAGAAUGCAUUGUGAGCCUACAUCCCCACCAGAAGCUUACUGAAUAUGUUCAUUUAUUCCUAAGUGAAUUCUUCAAUCAUUUGUUUGUGUCUCGUCCGUCUACCCCACCGAUCGUCAUGUGAGAGCCACAGCCUUUCGUAGCCCGCUUUACGUGAGUGGCACCCCUUUCAGGUAGCACACUGAUGACAGGCCGUACGUAACUUGAUAAAUCCCAGAAAGCGAAACCCUCUUGUGGCUCACUUUGUCGUGUUUGGAAAGCCUAUCCAGUAUGUGUGUGCGCGUGUGUGUGUGUGCGCGUAUGUGUGUGGGUGUGUGUGUGUCCUCCGCUUCUGUGAAUUCAGUGUUGUUGUGUUCAGACCUGCGAUUCUGCACUGUGGGAUGAGGGAGGCGGCACGUGUGGCGGCCUGCGGCAGGUUUGCUUAGGUAUGCUUUAGGUGUCCUCUGGUCGGCUGUCGUGAGUAAAAUGGCGUGAGAAGCUUUACGUGUCGGACAAAAAAUAAAUAAACAAA